CUCUCUCUCUCUCUAACUUCCUUCCUGUUCUAACUGCCAGUCCUCAGUCAGAGUUGAGAGGCAGAGGUAACUCCAGAGACACAGGGCCGACAGGAGCCUGGAAUAGAACAAUCAAGAUGACAGAGAAGGAUGCACAGCCACAGCUGGAAGAUGCGGACGAUGAUCUGGACAGCAAGCUCAAUUACAAGCCACCCCCUCAGAAGUCCCUGAAGGAGCUGCAGGAGAUGGACAAGGAUGACGAGAGUCUAACCAAGUACAAGAAAACACUGCUGGGAGAUGUCCCCGUGGUAGCAGACCCAACAGUUCCCAAUGUGACUGUUACCCGGCUUAGCCUUGUUUGUGACAGUGCACCAGGACCCAUCACCAUGGACCUUACUGGUGAUCUUGAGGCCCUCAAAAAGGAUACAUUUGUGCUAAAGGAAGGUAUUGAAUACAGGGUGAAAAUUAACUUCAAAGUGAAUAAGGAUAUUGUUUCUGGCCUGAAGUAUGUUCAGCAGACAUACAGGACUGGCAUGAGAGUGGAUAAAGCCACCUUCAUGGUUGGCAGCUACGGGCCCCGACCGGAGGAGUACGAGUUCCUCACUCCAGUAGAGGAAGCUCCCAAGGGCAUGCUGGCCCGAGGCACUUACCACAACAAGUCCUUCUUCACGGAUGACGACAAACAGGACCACCUCACCUGGGAAUGGAACCUGGCCAUUAAGAAGGAUUGGACAGAAUGAGUGUGUCUGUCCAUCCCUCCUGCCACCUUCCCCCCACCCACCAGAAGAAUUCUCCCGACCAUGUUGAUCACCAUCUCCCUCUUCCCUCCCUGUUCCUAGCUGGGCCCUUUCUCUGUCACACACACACACACACUUCAUCACCAAUAUGUUUUAUCUUACUCCAUCUCUCAAAGUGUUCCCUGCAAAUGAGACUUAAAACCCUGGCCUCCUCUCUUCUCCCACCUUGUGUCCUGAAGGCCAAGAAAUGGGCAAGCUACCGCUGAUGCCUCCUGGGCCUUCCGUUCAGAAGUUUAUUCUUGCCACCGGGUUCUUCUGGUACGAUGAACCCCGUUGUCUUCUCUGCCAAGGGGAGCUCUUCUUUUGUGGGUGACACUGUAAACAACACCAAAGAAAAAGAAUAAAAUUGUGUGUGUGACUGAGAACCUCAUUUGCUUUCCUUUGUCCUUCAAACAAAUAUGGUACCAGAAA